AUAAAGCCCAUUAAAAGCACUGUCGCGAAAACGACUUUAUUAAAGACACAUAAGAAUACUGAAGCGUCCGCGGCACUUGGCGGCGUUCGAGCAAAGAGCCCCGAAUGUCCUCCGACUUCUGCGGAAAACGAGCAGACACCAGAAAUAAAAAUAAUACCAGCUAUGGAUAUUAGCAGUAUUAAUCAGCAUAUUAGAAGCAACAAUUUGGACAAGGUAUCUAAUAACGGUAAUGAGCAGGCAGAUACGAGGAUGCUUAACGACAUCGUUGAAUCCGAGGUAACGGAAAUAAAGCCGAGUCGAGAGAAGCUUAAGCUUGAUUUGUCAAAAAUUCCCCAACACAACUUUAGAAAUAUCACACCGCCAAGGAGGGAAUCUCCAAAAAGCGAGACUCCGAGAAGCGAAACUCCAAGGAACGAAUUGCCGGAAAACUCAAAAUUCGUUCAAAGUAAUCAGUCGGACGACGUUAAUACGGAGAAAUUAAUGGAAAAUCUGCCGAGGGCACAUAAUCGGGCGGCCGUGUCAGGGAACAAAAUUUCAACCGAUAAAUUAUUACGAAAUAAUAAAGAUACGCCAGUUGUGAAGUUGAAAUGCCAAGUUAGUGGGCCAACAACAAUCGAGAGGAACGACAUAUCUAAAGAAAACGGCACUGCGUCGCGGAUAAUCAAUAAUUCAUCAGAAGUCGAAGUACAGACCGACGUACGAGAAACUGGGGAAACAAAAAUAUCGGCUUCUUUACCGAAGAAUCGUUCGAGCGCUGAUGAUUUGGUAUCGCCGACAGAGGACACCGAGAGCUUCGAUUCCUGGUCAAUUUGCUCGGCCGAUAUUAAUAACACACGAGGGGACUUGCAUUCGCCAACAUACUCGAUGUACAUACGUCGAGAUCAUCCUAAUACAGAGUCGGUUAUAGAUAGAAUAAGAAGAAAAAGUUUUUACUCUAGGUUUAAUGAUAGAAAACGAAAAGCAUCUUUAAAUGCACCACCACCAGGUAUCAAUAUGUCAUCUAGCGUGACAUUGCCAAGAAAAUUUAGUUUUCAUAGUGCGAGGGAUAUUAGCAAGGAUCAGAAAAACAACAAGACAAACAACUACACUCUGCCAAGCAGAAAAAAUCCCGAAAAAUCUUACAGCAUGUACAACGACGACGCCACUUUAUUCAGAAACUCUCCGAUCGAGCGCGAUAGGUACUCGGAUGGUGGAAGCUCAUCGUCGUACUCGAAUGACCUGAAGUCGCCUAGUGAAUCGUACGGGCAUAUUUCCUCCUCCUACGAUCCUCUUAGAAAGUAUUUAUCCCCUAUAUGUAAUUCCAGUGUUGCACGUAGAAAAUAUCACAGUUCUGAAUUCAGCACGAAUAAUGAUUUGGGUUCUUACAGAAAUUCGUCGUCACUCGCCGACAGUAUGCUCGAACCCAGCUUAAACACAAAUCUCAGUGCACUACCACGGAGAUACGGACGCAAUGUCUCCGGUUUCGAGCCCAAAACUGUCGAGUAUUACGAGGAAUUGCUCGCGCCCAAUAAUACCGAUUAUCUUCGAGGUCGAAGGCUCUCUCCACUCCCAUACGAUAAUUACAAUAAUAAAUUUGAAAAUGGAUAUCAUAAUGGGAGCAUCGAGCUGCCACAAAUUAAUACCGACAAAUGGAAGAGCCAUUCUAAUAAAGCAAGCCGAACAGAUCUCACUGAAGGAAUACAAGGCGAUGAUUGUACAAGAAAAUUAAGUCAGUCUUUACACGAACGAGAUGAUUUAUCCUCAAAUUCUCUAGACCAACGAGCAACCGCUUCCACUGCUGAGUGAUAUUUGUUUAAAAAUUCAUUAAGCUAUGUUAAAACGAAGGAAUUCCAAUGAAAGUGUAAGAGUCAGAUGUCAGUAUACUACAUUUUUUUUUAAUCGACUAGUCAUGCAGAACUUAAUUUUAAUAAUUUAAUUAACAACGGACUUCGAUACUUAUUAAAAGUGCAGUCUAUUUCCAAACGGGGAAACGUAAUUUAAACUCCAAUCACUAGGUGCCAAAGAGAUAGAAACAUUAAGCAACUUAAAGCAUAGUCAAAGAUUUAAAAGAUCAUAUAAGUAUAUUAUAUAUAAGAUUUUUAUAAUCAAAAUGUCAAU